GUAACAAUGGACGGGUGACCAUUUCGACGACAUACAAAACGGGAACCCUUCGUCAAGCCCGGGUUGAAGUAAUGAUACGGCGACAUGAGCGACCCUGGCGGGAUUGCUUUGAAGCUCAAGGCCGACCUUGAGCGCUACGUCAAGCCGCGGGAGCAAGUCAACUACAUCAGGCGCAUCUUAGCUCUUCACCUGGGCUCCUUCACUGGUGAUGGGCCUGUCACGCAGCCGUUGUCACUCGUCGACGGUGUCCUUGAUGUUGACUCUGGCCAGGCGCUCUCGGGUCUUCACAAGGAAUACAUCGACGCCCUGAAAGCGAACGCGGCCGCUCGUCGCGAGUUCGACAAGGUCCUGCGCACAGCGACCAGCCAGCCCGAGGCGAGACCGCAACAGCCAUCCAGCGAACCGGACUUCUUGCACGAGCAGCUCGCACUGUUGCAAAUGCAACGCAAGAAGAAGUGUCUUUUGGCCAUAGAGGCUUGCCUGGAUCGCCUUGCCGAGAAGCCCGCCUCGUUCCACUCAUUUUUGGACUCAGAGGACAUAUUCCAUGGCUCUAAGCCGCUGCCCAGCGUCCCGCAGGCUGUCCUCAACAGCUUCGUGAGGGAACAGAGCAGUGCGGGGCCCGACUUGCAUCAGCGGCUACACCAGCUGGAGAAGACGGUUCUGCGCUCCAAGCUGCUCUUGAAGCAGGAAGAGCGUGUGCUUGCCGAAGCCCGAGCCAGGUGCAGCAAGUCGAGCGUCAGCAACGGUGCAAAACUCGAGGCUCUCAACGCGACGCGCGACGAGCUUAUCGCCUGGAUAGAAACGGAGCUUGGUAAGGCUUCGUCGGAGGAGUCCGAAGAUGUCGCCAAGGAGGCGAGCGAGGGCCAGGCUCAGGAGUCCAAAAUCGACCAAGGUGCCGUCACAACUCGGCUCCAACAGAUACAGCACAAGUACUCAGCAUACGUUGCUGCCAGGAAGGGUCUUGUGGAGCUCCUGGCGCGUCGUCCACAGCCGUCAAUACCACCUCCCACCAAGCAGCCGAACAUCACAAGCAAGCUGGCAACGGGCAGUGCGGAUCCAGUUACCCACCUGCUCACCCCGUACAUCGAGGGGAUUCUCUCAGUCUCAAGGCAGCAAAAAGCGGCGAUAACACAGAAAUCGCACAUCGCAACAGUCCUGAGCAAGCGAAGUAAGGACACUCGUCAGGUUCUGGAUCGUUUGGCAGAAGAGAGCCAGCUUCUGCCAGCCCACCAAGUCAAGGACUCCCGCACGCGGAGGGCCGGCCUUGACUUCGAGAUGGCAUCCAAGUCCUCCGACCGUGACGGUGUCGCGCCCCGCGUCAAGCCGUGGGUGCUCGCCGCCGACGCUGCCAAGAUUGCAAAUCUGGAAGCUGUUGCGGAAACGAUCGACGGCGGUCAAGCUGCCCUCGAGAGCAGUAUGACGAGCCUCCUCAAGACUUACCAGCUGCUUGGGCGAAGCGGUCAUGUAUCCGAGGAGGAUGCGGCCGUCGAGGAUGCGACCGACGACGACGUCUGGCUAGGAGGUGGGGAGCGAAGCGCCGCCGUCCGCAAGCAUUCGCAAAAGGAGACGAAACCUGCACUCCAAAACGGAGAUCCUUGGUCCAUCCUGCAUGGGAACCUCGGCUUGAUAGGCCAUGAUGAUGCAGAGUAGCAAGCCCUGAAAUUCACUGCGUCUAUGUAUUUGCAUGUCCGGCCCCAACGCCAUCCAUAUGUCACAAACUCCACCAAGCAUUCGUGCUGUAGGUAGUCCAACGAGCGUGGUAUCACUUUCCAGUCAUGACGGCCGAUAUCCUCAUUGCCAGGUCCAGAAUUGACAGGUGCUCGUCCGCCCCGUCAACCAACCUCUUGUCAAUCUCCGAGAAGAUCAUCACUAUCCUAUUCUUCUGAAGAUCCGGGAUAGUCUCGUCGGCACACUUACCUGAGAAACCACCUGAGUCGCACUCCACCCG